AAAAAGUAUCUGCCUUUUUCUUCUCAAAGUUUUGAUUUUUCUCUUAGGGUUUUUUGAUCUCUUUGUUAAUGGAGGAAGAAGGUUUUAGUCUGUGUUAUCUACUGUGAUCAAAAUUGUUUCUCGAGCCGGUUGCUUGAAGAUAUAGCUCUGGUUUGUUGAAGAACGCUUCUCUUUAUGCAAGAUUUACUCUCUUAGAAGAAUGAGAGCAGAUAAUGAUCACGCGCUUGGAAACUCGGUAGAGAUUUGCAAAGAUGAAUCUAAGCCUCAUCAAUGUCUUGAAGAGAACUGGGAAGAUGCAGAGCUAAAGGUCCCGGAAAAUGGGAAGAACAACAACAAUGUGUGUGAGUUGUUCUAUGAUACAAGAAGCGGCGACGAAUGGGAUAAAGAGAAUGAGAGAAAGAUAUUGCAACCUCAUUCUUGUGGAGAUGCUAAUGAGGCCGGAAAGAAAGUCCGAGAUAUUAGUCAUGAUUGUGAUGCUAAUGUGGAUUCUCCUGAUAAAAAGGAUCCGGUUUUCUAUAUGGACAAGAAUGUUACGGCCUGUGAUUUACCUGAGAUUGUUGUUUGUUACAAGGAGAAUACUUACCAUGUCGUCAAAGAUAUAUGUGUCGAUGAAGGUGUGCCUGUUCAGGAGAAGUUCUUAUUCGGCGAGAAGGAUUCUGUAAAGUCUAGCUCAAACUCAAACCAGUGUGGCUCAGAGGAUUUGAUUAAAGCAGACAAAGCAAAUGUGAAUCCUUCAGAAACUAAGUCUGCGGAAGCAAAUGUUGAUGAUUCUGAGUUUUGUAACGAUCAUAAGACAGACCGAGAUGUUGAAGAAUCUUCAAGAGAAGAUUUUGCUGACGCUGAAGGUUCUAGCGAUUACAAUCAAGAACAUUUGAUUGUGACAGAGGAAGCCAAGGCUUCACCCACGCAUGGGCUAAAUCCAUCUCAAAUUGAACCUGAUGAGAAUUCAAAGGACGAAGUGGCUAUAUCAUCGGAAACUGACUCAAAGGAAUCUUUAACCUUGGGAGAUAUUCUAUCAAGGGAAGAUGAACAAAAAUCUCCCAACCACGGUAACAUUAGCAGUGAUAGUCAUGAAGAACAAUCUCCUUCUCAGCUUCAGGAUAAAGAAAAAAGAAGCUUAGAAACCACAGCUAUUGAAACAGAGCUUGAGAAAACAGAGGAGCCAAAACCAGUAGAAGAGAAGCUUCCCUCUGCUUCUACAACGACCUCUCAAGAACCAAAUAAAACUUGCAACGAGCCUGAAAAGCCUGAAACUGAGAAUCAUCAUCAACAAAAUUCCUUAGUGGGAAACUCUUACGAAGACGAUAAACUUUCCUCAAGCAGAUUUGGAGAGACGAGUUUCUCAGCAGCAGAAUCAGUUUCAAUCUCAGGUCAUAUAACAUACUCAGGACCAAUUGCAUACUCUGGAAGCCUCUCUGUUAGAUCCGAUGCAAGCACAACGAGUGGAAGAUCCUUUGCUUUCCCCAUAUUGCAAUCAGAAUGGAACAGCAGUCCUGUAAGAAUGGCGAAAGCUGACAAGAGAAGACAAAAAGGAGGAUGGAGACACACUCUUCUCUGCUGUAGAUUCUCUUGAUGUCUCUCCUCCAGAAUUUAGUCCUAAAGCUUUUCACUUUGAAGCACAGAGGGAGAAGAAGAAGAAGAAAGAUUUAUGAAAGUUUACAGUAUUUUCUUACAAUGGGAGUGCUUUUUUUGAAUACUGAAAGUAAAUAUAUUUUCUCUUUUGGGUGAGUGGUUUAUAGUUUAUUAUGCCUUGGUGUGUAAUUGGCAUUUUGGUAGUUUAUUAUUUUGGGUUUAACAGUUUAGGGCUUUUGAGUUUGGAACCAAUGAGUUAUUAUAAAUUUUUUAAUGAAGG